GCAUUUACAUGGCUUUUAAGGGCCAAGAUGGUUUAAGGAAGCAGUGAAUGCUAAAACAACUUAAUACAUAAUGGGAAUCCCUUCUGUACCUAUGCCUGAAUGUGAGUCCCUACUGAUUAAUUUUCAGAGAGAUAGCUGUUAGUCUCUGUUGUAGCUAAAUAGCACUACCUCUUGUUAAUAUUUGGAUGGGAGAUCUGGGAACCCCAUGUAAGCCACCUUGAAUUUCAUGCUGUACAUAAAUGUUGAUAAUAGCAGUGUUACAAGACUAUUGUUUUUGUGCCAAAGAGUUUUUCCCAUCCUGUGGUUAGUUUCUACAGUGGGAAACACCGGAGUGUGCGCUCUCUCUCGCGCACCCUUCCUAGAAUUGCUGACGUAAGCAGGCUUGCUGUGUUCUACCUAGUAGGUGGUAAGAGAAAGCCACUCUACACAUGACCAGGGGCACUCUUUUUUUGUAACGAUUUGCUACUUGUGGCAUAACAGGGCUGGAGCUUGACAUUAAAAAUUGUUUUUUGGGGGGGGGGGAAUUAAAUCCCAGUGAUCCCAAAUCGAGUUAAAUUUUGAACUCCUCCCUUAGCCGUCUUGAAUACUGUAUAGAUAGAACACACACACACACCCUCCAAGCCAAGGCCCCAGUGGGCUAAUCUUCAAAAGCUUUCAGGGAUGUCCUACAGCAAAUGGCGCCCUAGGUGACCCAGGGAGUACUCACGAGGGCUGCCUGGACAUGUUCUCUUCGCCCCUUCUCUACCCACAAUGCUUUCCACAUUAAGUCAGGCCCGGGACCCCCGUCUUUCCUUUGCGACGGGGGAGGCACAGGAGGAGCAAAGGCAGCCUGGCCAGGAGCCGAGCCGGCCAAGGUGUAAGGUCGGCUUGUUGACCGGCUUGGCGGUUUACACAUUGUUUGCUAUGGAGAGGCGGAUCGUGUGGCGUCUCUCUCUCUUUUUUUUUUUGCCUGCGGGUUUGGCAGCAGUUUCUCCCCUUGGUUUUUAUUAUGUGGCGCGGCCGCACGAAACGGCACAACCGAAGCCUCCUGUUCCAGCCGUGUCGUGUCAGGGCGAGUUAGUUUGUUGUAGGGUGGCCCCUUCUUCUCUCCUUUGGUCAGUUAUUAAACAACUAUCACAAGUGGAGAGCUGAAUGCCCAGAAAUAAGUGCAGAUCUACGGCCUUCCUCUGUUCUCAGCCUGUUGCAUGCUGGUUACCAUGGAGUCCUGAAGGAGAGGGACCCAACGGGUAGUAAAGUUGUCAUUUACAGAAUUGCACGAUGGGACCCAAAGAUGUUUACAGCAUUUGAUGUGUUUCGUGUAAGCCUUAUCACAUCUGAGCUUAUUGUAAGGGAGCUAGACACACAGCGGAAUGGAGUCAAGGCCAUCUUUGAUCUCCAAGGAUGGAGAUUUGCUCAUGCAUUUCAUAUCUGUCCAACAGUGGCCAAGAGAAUAGCUGCUGUGCUCACAGAUUCCUUUCCACUAAAAGCUCGUGGAAUCCACUUGGUUAAUGAGCCUGUGUUCUUUCGCCCUGUCUUUGCUCUAAUUAAGCCCUUUCUUUCUGAAAAAAUCAAGGCACGGGAACAUCACAAGGUGCCUCUCGGCUGGCCCCAGAACGGUCCCUCGGAGCCACGUCAUCCACCAGCGACCGGAGCGGGCAGAUGGAUCAACAAGCGGAGAAACCCCAAAUGGAAAAAUCACGCUGCAACCCAGGCAGCGAGGCCCACGCUCCACACAGUUCGGACCGGCCUGAACCAACAUAGGGACCACCCCAUCCACAGCUGCAGACCACCUCCGGCAACAAGAGUUCUUGGAAAUGCUUUAAUAACAUGGCUGAACAAAGGCAGCGUGCUUUAUCUACGUCAGGAGAAGCACUCUACGAACUUCUGGGUCUUGAGAAGAGGGCAUCCCAUGAAGAAAUCAAGAAAUGUUACAGGAAUAUUAGCACAGGAAACCGACUUUAAAAGCUUCCAAAAAUUUGGAAGUUCUUACAUUGGUGCUUCAUACGUGAAGUUUCUUGAGUCUGCUGGAGCACGGGUAGUGCCAAUAAGACUGAAUCGUUCAGAUGAAGAAUAUGAUAAGAUUUUCAAUUCUGUCAAUGGGAUUCUUUAUCCUGGAGGUAGUGUUGAUCUUAAGACUUCUGAAUUUGCCAGAGUUUCAAAGAUAUUCUAUAGUAAAGCACUAAAGGCUAAUGAUAGAGGGGACUAUUUUCCUGUAUGGGGGACAUGCCUGGGACACCAGUUGCUUAGCGUUCUCACUUCUGGAGAAGACCUCCUCACUUGGACUAACACGGAUGGCUUUGCAUUGCCACUCAACUUUACUCAAGAUACCAAAGGUGGCAGAAUGUUCCAGGAUUUCCCCGAUGAUUUGUUGCAAGUGAUGGCUUCUGAGCCUGUAACUUCAAACUUUCAUUUCUGGAGCCUUUCCGUGCAGAAUUUUACAAAUAACAAGAGAUUGAGCAAGUUCUAUAAGAUCUUGACAACUAAUGUUCACAACAAUGUGGAGUUCAUAUCCACCAUGGAAGCUUACAGAUACCCUAUAUAUGGUGUCCAGUGGCAUCCAGAAAAAAAUCAAUUUGAAUGGAAAAACUCAGCAGGCAUUCCACAUUCCCGAUCAGCUAUAAAAGUAGGAUUUUAUACAGCUGACUUCUUAGUCAAUGAAGCCCGGAAGAGUGACCAUCAUUUUUCCAGCAAAAAAGAAGAGACCAAUGCACUGAUCUAUAAUUUUAGCCCUGUUUACACUGGAUUAUUUUCUUGCUUUGACCAAGCCUAUUUUUUUGAUUAAAUGUCCAGCCAGAAGUAUGGGAGAGGUUGUUUUAGAAAUGAUGUAGCUGUAUUUUUCAAGAUUAAACGAAUGCAAUGCAGCUGCAUAGAGCAAGAUGACAGAUGGCUUACAGCUCUGGCUAAACUUAUUUUUGCAGUCCUCUGUAAAAUUGCACAUUUUUUGUUCUGAAGUUGCACAAUCCACCAAGAAGGGCUCCUUUUGAAAAUCUUGUUGAAGGGCAUGCUAUCCUGGCUAGGAGCACUGUAAUCUGUGAAGCUUGUGCAGGAAGAUUUCUGUCUGUCCUAAUUUAAUAAUACACUGGGAAGACAACACUUGCAACUCCUACACACGUUUUCAUUUAUUCAUUUAUUAUGAUAUUUACAUUCCACUUUUUUCCACUAUGCAACUCAAGAUAGUGGACAGAGGGAAUCCAGACCUAGCUCUGUUUAGCUUCAGCAAGGUGGCUAUAUUAUGCGUGUCCCCCCCAUCACCUGACUGUGUCCUGGCCCCAUCAGGAGGAAUAGAAAGGAGCAGUGUUGGAUGGGUUUUUGAUUAUAACCCUUAAACUGCAAACCACAUGGAACAAGUUUACCAUCCAGCUUUAUUUGUAUAUUUGGUGAGGCAGACACACGUGUGUAAUGGUAUGGCAAACACCCCACCCCACCUCUGGCACAAUGAUCAGUUCCUAAUCAUGUGCAUGGUGUGGCUGUGUAGUAAAUGCUGUAAGUUUUAUUUCCUGCUAUAACUGUACUUGUUAUCACUUCUUGAUCCAUACAACAGAGAAAUACUUUUUGCAUACCAAUGUGAAUUUUAAAAUCUUACUUAUCUGAAGAUAUUGAAGAUGUCAGUCUUCUGGUGGAUUAAAGCAAUUCUGCUGUUGAGUCCCUU